GAUGUCCUGGGGCUCAUUCUUGCGUUUCGAAAUUUGGUUGUAGUGUUGGUUUAGGGCAUUUUCUAUUUGUGGUGCAUUGCAAGCUGUGAUUUAACUUAUUCUUUCUCGCGUUGGGUUAUGCUUCAGAGGAGGGUUUUUGUUCUGUUUCUUGUUUGUUUGUUCGUUCGUUUGUUUGUUUGUUUUUAUUUUGGGAGGUUUGGAGAAAGUUCAUUUGUUUUAUGAGGUUCGUUUGUGGGUAUUGUGGGUGAAAUGAACAUGGGAUUCUGGGGUUUGAGUGGCAGAGAGGUUUUACGUGUGCGUAAAGAGUGUCUGCCGUGGUUUAGUGAGUGACCAGGAUAAUCGUCUGGUUUGUCAGGAUUGGAGAGCUAUUGCAGUUAGGAGAUCAGAAACUUCCGUGCGCUGUGGUGAUCAUCUUGUCAUUGAUUAUCCCAAGGUAAGAGGGUCUAAACGUCGAAAACAUGACUAUCCUGUAUGCCUUAGUAGCGAGGGGGACGGUCUUGCUUGCGGAGUUUAGUGCUGCAUCAGGAAAUGGAAGCACCAUCGCUCGCCGCAUCUUGGAGAAGAUUCCUCCAGGAGGAGACAGUCGUGUGUCUUAUUCUCAAGAUCGGCACAUUUUCCACAUUAUGAAAGCUGAUGGCUUGACUUUUCUUUGCAUGGCUAGCGAUUCAUUUGGAAGAAGGAUUCCUUUCUCAUAUCUUGAGGAUAUCCACAUGAGGUUUAUGAAAAACUAUGGUAAGGUGGCAAGUACUGCCUUAGCAUAUGCAAUGAACGACGAAUUUUCCAGAGUUCUGCACCAGCAGAUGGAGUAUUUCUCCCGCAAUCCAAAUGCGGAUACCAUAAACAGAGUGAAAGGGGAAAUUGCAGAAGUUCGGGCUGUCAUGGUGGAGAACAUUGAUAAGGUGCUGGAGAGAGGUGACCGCAUCGAAUUGCUGGUGGAUAAGACAUCCACUAUUCAAGACAAUACCUUUCGUUUCAAGAAACAGUCACGCCGAUUGCGACAAGCCAUGUGGAUGAAGAAUGCCAAACUUUUGGCAACCUUAACUUGUAUCAUCAUAGUUUUUCUCUACAUCAUCAUCUCAUUCUUCUGUGGUGGAAUUUUUCUUCGGGGUUGCCGAAGUUAAGUGUGUCCAACAUAAUUGGACUUACACUACCUUUGGACCUUCUAUCAAGUAUAUUUGCAUGGAGAAAUUCUAUGGGUCACGCGGGUAAACCUUGGUUCCCUUUGGAAGGAUUCGCAACAUGUUGGAAGGGUAUCUUUCAAGCAUUUUUAAGUUAUUUUGAUGAAAGGAGUAGAGCAGAGUUCGUGACCUUCCCAAGUUUUCUAGAUUCUGACAAGUAAAUGGAUUCAGAGUUUGUGAUGAAUUAAUAACUGUAGCGUAGUGAUUUUCUCCUGUUCAGCGAUUGAAUAUGCGAGAUGAGUGCUGUACUGUAAGUGUAUAGGCUAGGUUGAUAUAGAUGCAACGUGGUGACAAGCACUCUCUAGUUUAGGGUGGAGGAUGAUUUGUAGGUUGUUGGUUAGUUCAUUUACUAAACUAGAUUCUCAAGUUCGAUUGUAGGUUACAAGUGGAGAUGAUGAUUUAACCAACAAUGAUUUACAUGAUCUGGUUCUGUUGUAAUGAUUCUACAACAUCUUGUAGAACAUGUUCAGGCAAAGCACUCCUUGUUUAUGUACAA